UCGUUUAAGGGCUGUUAAACCGUCCUCCUUCCUUGCUGCGCUGUGAUUGGUCAAUCAUUAUGUAUGCAUAAAAUAAUCAUCAUUAUAAGCAUCAAUGACUAUCGCCCGAUUGACGUUCUCCUACGUUUCGGUUAUUUAUUUUCGUGCGCCGUGUACCUAUUUUAGCUUUAACUCGUGGUGACAUCAAAAUGUAGGUAUGGGGUUGGCGGCACUACCGAAACUGACCGUUGGCAGCGCCGUAAUAUGAUGGCUGCCGGCUUUAGUAUCACCUGCGAAAUUUUUUACGAUAUUAAUUGGGGCCUUUGCGGGUGCUUCCGGACUCUUAUCUACACGUAUUAUAGGACAUGAUGUGAUGGCUUCUUCGUCACGAGACACACCCACUUUGCCUGCGUGUCUUUUCCUUUUCCCUUUUGUUGGUACUUCUCCUCCGGAUCGCAAACGACCGUCUUAGUAGUGUAUUGGAGAUUGAAUGCGCGGAGAUUGGUGGUCACUCGCCGCUUCACUCUGCUCGUAUUCAUCUCGUCCACAUGCAUUGUAACGCUAAAGAUGCUCGUUCUGCCUAGGUCUUUCGUGUGGAAUGUGUGCAGAGAUUACGAAAUGUUCUCUUUUUGCAUAAUUAUACUAAGAUGUUCUCGACCUCUUCAAGACCGCUCGGUUUUUGUGCCGAGAUGGUAAGACUUCAAGUGAGAUGGACAUGUGUGGAUAUGCGGACGAUUGACUCCCCAUUUGCCACGUACUUACUUUAGGAAAUGAACAUCUUCUCUUCUGCUUAAACAAUUAGAAAUCUGCUAAUAAAUUUACAAGGCGUACGCAAAGGAUGCGACUACAUUUGUUGUAUGUAUUCGUUCGUUUCCCUAAAUGUAAAUGUAUGUACGUGAUAACUACGACGAAACGGGAAGGCGGGCGCGCACACACACAAGCACAAAACGAUGACAAGAAAGUGGUGGAACGAACACGUCUCGCUUAUGUAUAUUUUCUAAUAUCGCGUUACAAUUUGUUUUUGAAUACGAUAAUAACUCGCUUUUUUCAGGUACGUCCUUAUCGACCUACCUACGUACAACACGGUCUACUCCGUUUUUGACUCGGGGAGCGAAUUUUCUCGCUUUUUGGACAAAGUACGCCGGCGAGUGAUAUUUAUAAAUCGUGUACUGCUGCCCCUUUGUGGGGUGCUUGCCUGUCUGCCUGCCUGACUUCAUCUCGAUAUGUUCGGGAGAAAAUGUAAACUUUUCCAUUUAUUACCUUUUAAUGCGUUUUUGGUUUCUGUUUUAGAUUAAUUGUACGUGCCUAAAAAGAUUGUCGUGUAAUAUGUUUCGUGUGUACGAAACGAACUGAAGUUUUUAUACUUUUUAUGGAAAUUUGACGACGCGUUGUAUAUGUUUUUUUGUGCGUGUGUGUCUUCUUCGAUUUGUUAAUUUUUUUUUUUGUAUAAAGUUAGGGCACUGCAUUGCAUGUUAAUUUAAUUUCUACUGUGACUGUAUAUAAUUUCCGGCUGCUAGCGCCAUCUAGCCGUGUAGUGUACGUUUUGGAUAUUUAGUUUCUUAAGUUGGAGUCACGUAAAAAUUUUUUUUCCGAGUCUAGAUGGCGCGCCGUUCGUUUUUGUUAAUAAUUGUUAUUUAACUUGGAGAUAUUUACAAAACUCCGUGUGAUUCUUCUAUUUUAAAUUGCUUCUUUGCCACAAAUCUCAUCCAAAGAAGUGAAAAUGUGGUCUGUUUCAUUAUUAAGUUAUAAGUGUCUAAUACUACCUUUCAAGCAUGGAUUUGCUGUCUUUCCCCUCAUUCAUGGAAACAAACUUUGAAAAUCUAUAAUUACUACCCUUAUUUUUUAAAUGUUGCUAGUUUAGUUUUAUUAUCUUAUUGUAAAUAUGAACAGUUAACCAGUGUAAAUUAGUGUACUUACUAUUUCUUUAGAUGUCUAUUAUUAAAAACUAUCAUGUUGUCACAUUUGCCGAGGAUGAAAGUGUGGAGAUUGUGCCUGAUAUUUGGAUGCACCCAAAUGGUCAAUGCUAUUGGCCACCUAAGAAGGUGAAAAAAACGCAGGCCCCUGAUAAGUCAUCGUGGCACUUGUACGAAAUCAAGAUCCUGGGAACAUACUCUUCAUAUGAGAAAGCUAGGGAAAAACUCAUAUUAGCUGAAGUUACAUCUGAUUUAAACACAGAUGGUGAACGUGAUUCUAAGCAAUACCGAAAAGUAUCAAAGAAAAAACAUUUGUCGACCUCAAAUGAAGAAGGUAGCGAGAGUGACAGACAGUCGUAUCCCUCACCACCAAAAAAAAAGUUGAUUAAAGAAAAAAGAUUACGCACACAAAGAUGUUCAGAAGUUACUCCUGCAAAAAAAAUAUCUCAGAUUGAAGCACAUCGUUCACAAACUGAAUCGGUACCUGUUCCAUAUGAAGAAGCAAGUGGUUCACAAAUUGUUUCACCAUCACCUCAUUUAUAUCGAGAAGCAAGUUAUUCACAAUCGGUACCAUCGCUUUCAUAUGAAGAUUUUCAAAAACGAAUAUUCAAAGAAAUACAGUCCAUAAAAGUUGGAUUUACCAAAUUAGUACAAACUGUUGAACAAAAUAAAUGUCGCUGUGAGAAGGAAGAAGAAAUUGAACCAGACGAUGUGCUAAAAUAUUUUCCUCUCAAGACCACCGUAAAUGUGCAGAAAAUGGAAAAUAUUUUAGACAAAAAUGAAUACAAAAACAGAUUGAUUACUACGUUAAGUCGCAUUGGUGAUCAUAAAGUUGAGGAAAUUACCAAACUAAUCCUGCGCAAAUUGUUCGUGGAUGACCUGGCGCGGCAAUAUAGUUGGAUGGGAGCCAAAAAGAAACUGAUAUUAGCUAUGGAAUUCUUACGGAAGCUGUUCGAAAAAAUACUGUGGGGAAAAAUAGUACCGAAAAAGAUACCAUUGAUGGCAUAAAAAAUUGGUUGCGUCAUGCGGAUGCCCGGAGUAAAAACCAGAAACGUCACCAGGAAAAUAG